CUACAACAAUGCGUCUCCUCUCAAUCAUCUCUACCGCUCUCAUCGCUGCGCCCCUCGUCAUGGGCGUGGACUGGACCGUCCAAGUAGGCCUCAACAACGGAUUCACGUUCACUCCGAACGAGAUCCACCCCGCCAUCGGGGACACUGUCACCUUCACCUACCUCACCAGGAACCAUUCGGCGACGACUACGACGUUCACCAAUCCCUGCCCUCCUCCUGUGGGCGGAGUAGGACCGAACGCGUUCGACAGUGGAUUCCAUGACUCCGUCACCUCGCCGGGCAGCACGUUCACUACCACGAUCCUUGAUACCGAGCCUCACUGGGUGUCGUGCAUGCAAGCGGCUGGAGCGCACUGCCGCUUGGGCAUGACGCUCUCCAUCAACCCGACUGCCGACCAGACUGAGGCGCAGUUCAUGGCCAAUGCUAUUGCUUCUUGAAGGGGUGAAUGAAGAAAGAAAUA